AUGAGCGGCUGGACAAAGCUCGAUGAAGAUCUUGGACCGGAGCGCGGGGACGAAGAUUUUCUAACAGAUGAUGAAGAGAACCAAGCACACAUAAACAACUAUGAGCCUUCCGAAGGCGAAACUGAAUCUGAAGUAGGCAGACCGGCCUCACGAACCGAAUCUCGUGAUGGCAUUGCCAUUGGUGCAGGUGACAAUAGUGCAUGGCCUCAGAGCUACUGGCAGUCCAUGGAUGUGUACACCAAUGUCAUGACUCCUAGUUCCCUUCCUUCGCUUCCUAAUUUUAUACGAGCACAAGGGACCAGUUUUAGCUGCUUGUCUUCACCUGUUAAGUGGCAACAUGAUGAUAAUUCUUCCCAGCUGAUCAGUAGCAAAUUACUUGCUUCCGAAGAAAGUUUAGAGAAAGAAGGACUUGCAGUCUCAUCUCCCCCAUCUCUCUCCGCAAGAAAUUCUGUCAUUGAAUUGCCACCACCGAAGGAACAUAGUUGUUCAUUUUCACAAGCCGUACUCAAUGGAAUUAAUGUCUUGUGUGGGAUGGGACUUCUUACAGUACCUUAUGCCAUAAAAGAAGGAGGAUGGUUGAGCCUCAUUGUGCUUGCAUUGUUCAGUGUCAUAUGUUGCUAUACUGGAAUUUUAUUAAUGCGAUGCUUAGAAAGCUAUCCCGGACUCCGAACCUAUCCAGACAUUGGCCAGGCUGCUUUUGGCUCGACUGGCCGCUUAUUCUUAUCUAUAAUUUUGUAUCUAGAACUAUAUGGUGCUUGUGUGGAGUUUUUGACACUGAUGGGUGAUAACUUAGCAGCAUUAUUCCCAAACACACACAUAACAUUUGCAGGAAUCCAUCUAGAUAGUCAUGAAAUUUUUGUCAUCACAGCAACUCUUGUAGUUCUUCCGACUGUAUGGCUUCGGAACCUCAGUUUGCUCUCUUACCUCUCAGUUGGAGGAGUGGCUGCAACAAUUUUGGUAGCUAUUUUAAUGAUUUGGGUUGGGGCUGUGAACCAAGUUGGCUUUCAUCACAAAGGAUCCGCUUUGAACCUUUCAGGGUUUCCUGUCACAAUUGGUAUAUAUGGUUUCUGCUACGCUGGUCAUUCAGUGUUCCCAAAUAUCUACACAUCCAUGAAAAAACCAUCUCAAUUUCCAGCAGCUCUAAUAGCCAGUAUGGCCUUUUGCUUGUUCAUGUAUUCUACGGUAGCAGUAUGUGGCUAUCUGAUGUUUGGAGAUGCAACCAAGUCUCAGUUCACUCUAAACAUGCCUGAACAAUUUGUUGCUUCAAAAGUUGCAAUUUGGACAACAGUUGUGAACGUGAUGACAAAGUUUGCCAUCACAAUAACGCCUGUAGCUCUGAGUUUAGAGGAACUCUUUCCAAAAUCUUGGAUGGGAUCUCAUUUUGCUUCAAUGCUCACGAGAACAUUACUAGUUAUAUCAACUUUGAUCGUAGCUUUGAGCUUUCCAUUCUUUGGUGCCGUAAUGGCAUUGAUGGGAUCCUUACUUGCAAUGUUAGUGGCUAUUAUCUUCCCAUGCAUCUGCAAUCUCAUCCUACACAAAGGGAAAUUAACCAAGUCGCAGAUCACAUAUUGCAUUGUCAUUAUAAUGGUGGGGGUGAUGUCUUCUAUUUUUGGCACACAUUCAGCAAUCAGAAAGAUAGUUAAUGCAAUGGAGUAAAACGGAUUCCGUAAAAAUGGAACACUAUCCUAGUUUUUUAUCCUUUUUUUCUCUACUUGGCAAUUGCAUUGGUUGAGAGUCAUUCGGUAUUGCAUCACAACGCAAGCAAUAGAUUUUUGUAUACUAGCUCUUACAGGUCCUCCUACGUUUAGUUAGCAUGUGUACUCGAUCAAGCUAAUAGUGAAAGAUCAUUUUCAGUUACCGGGACAAGAUAUGUGAUGGAAGCUUCAUGUUUUCUUUAUUUAUUUUUAUGCAAUUCUUACAAUUCUUAGUAAAGUUUAUGGCUCACUUGUGAAACAGUGAAGGAUGGUGCUCUUAAGGUUGAAGCUACAAUUGGAUCAAUCAUGUAACACCAACACAAAAUCUUGUCCUAAAAGAGUUGAGCAUAACAUGUGCAAUCGCCGGGCCGUUGGGGUUAGAGCACUCAACAUAACAUUUGUUCCCUCACCACCGGCAUUGGAUGUGACAUCACCACAUGAAGAGCCCCCUAAUGAUACAUCCCAACAAAAUAGACCACU